GGAGCGCACCAUGGGAGAGUUUUCCUAUAUAUCAUAUAUUGUGAAUGUGUCCUGUGUGUGCGUGUGUGUGCGUCUUGCGUCAAUCGCUCCUCGGCGACAAAAGAGCAGCCUCCGUCAUCAGUAAUCCACCGGUCAGGAAAAAGAGCUAGCUAGCUGACUGUCCCACUUCGUUUUAUAUAAGGUCGGCCUCUAUCCCGCCAGCAAUUGAAUUCACCUCCUUCCAUUGCCCAUUUGCCCAAAAAAGUUCGAUAUUCCUCGAAAUGCGCGUCCGCACUUACUCCGCCGCCGUUUUGCUGGCCUCCAGCACGUUGGUCGCAGCCCACACCACCGUCGCCCCCGAUAGCACCGACAUCGCUCCGAUCGACGGCGCUUUCCCCACCGAAGUGGCAUCCACUGACAUCAACGAGUACAACGGUAAGGAGAAGAAGCAUAAGAAGAAGCAUCACUACGAUGACGACGAUUGCUCGGACGAUGACUCGGACUCCGAUGACGACGACUGCGAGGACGAGAAGGUGACCACGACGGUCUAUGUGACGGUCACCGCGCCGUGUGAGCCUGUUCCUACUCUGGAACCUAUCCCCACCGAUAUUCCUACCGAUAUUCCUACCGACGUUCCUACGGAUGUCCCCAUCCCGACGGACCUGCCCACCGACGUUCCUACGGAUGUCCCCAUCCCGACGGACCUGCCCACCGACGUUCCUACGGACGUCCCCAUCCCCACCGACACGCCGACGGAUAUUCCUACCGAGAACCCUACCGACGUCCCCGUCCCGACCGAUACGCCCACGGACGUCCCCACUGAUAUCCCUACGGACGUCCCCGUCCCGACCGACACGCCUACAGAUGUUCCUACUGAGAUCCCUGUCCCGCCUGUCCCUACCGAUUUGCCUACGGACACUCCUAUCGAUACCCCCACGCUCGAACCUAUCCCAUCUGACACCCCUACGGACAUCCCGACCGAUGCGCCUAUCCCGACCGAUUUGCCCACCGUCGACCCGGAGAACCCCAUCUCAUACACUCCCAUCGAGCCGCUGCCCACCGUUUCUCCCGAACCGACCCCGUCCGAGCCUCCUGUCGUCUCCGCCGCUUCCUCCGUCGCCGCUAAGAUGCUCGUUGCUGUUGGUGCGGUUGCUGCGUCCGUCGCUGCCUUCUUUUAGGUGCGAUAUGGUUUCAGGGAUUCGGAACCUGCGCCGCGCGGGAUUUUGUCCCCUUGUGGGUGCCGACGCAAUUAUGCCUUUCCGGCGAUCAUCGCCCCAUCGACAUUUUAGACCGAUACCGAGUUCUUACUGAACAUAACAUCCGGCGUAGCUUUUUAUACUAGCAGGUAGACACCAUUGGUAGCGCUCUAGAACAGUGC